AUGAUUGAAGAAGUGAAGACUGUCGCAAAGCGUGCUGCUGGAGAGGAACAGAGAGUUGAAGAAGAACAGAAGAAUGAAGAAGUUCAGAAAGAAGAAAAAGAGGAAGAUCAGAAAGCUGAGACAGAAGAACCGGUGCUGAAUGAGACUGAGGAACAGAAGAUGCCACCACGUGUUCGAGGACGAGGAAGAGGCGACAAUGCCCCAAUCUUCACCAGCCACGACCAUGAAGCUGGGCCAUCUCACCGACGAACUCUAUCAGUGACGAUGAGCACGAGUCCCCAAGAGGAUUGGAGGACAUACUUAGAGCCUGCGAGACGUUCUGUCUCUCUAAGCUCCUCACUUUGGUACCAUCACUCUUUCAGGCCGCAGUCCGAGAACGAGCCCAACGAUUCUCGCCAUUCCUUCCUUCCACUUCAACGGUCGAGUUCACACCGUGCCUUUGAGGACCCGGCCCCGUACUUCCAGAGCCGGUUCAAUCCGGUAAAUCAGGUGCAAGAACCAGUGGGUUUUAACCCAUCGAGACCAGAAGAUCACUUCUCCGAUGACCACGCUAUGGAUAUGGAUGAUGACCCCGAUUCGGAGAUGCCACCAAGUGGGACGCCGACGCAUCCCAUCGAAAUUUCAGAUGGAUCGUCCCUUUCACGGUUCACCAUACCGAGGCCCAGACAGCUAUGA